AUGGAGCAACUACCAGAGCAUGAAGAGCGAACAUAUCUUGAUGCCAUACUCGCCUUAGCCAUCAUCGUAAGAAAGAUCAACCAUGACUUUCUGGGUGUUGCUGCUGGACAUGCAAAUGUCAGCCACCAAGAUGUCGUCAAGUUAUACGGUCAACUAGAAGAGUGGCGUAAGAAGUUGCCCUCUUACUUGCUUUGGGACGCUAAACGAGACUUCAGCCUGACUGCUGAAAGCGGGACUGGGAAACUAGCCCAAGCGCACCAGCUGCAACAGGCUAUCCUUCUGUUUCUCGAACACAACUGCUGCAUGCAAAUCGAAAGAUGUGCUUCAGAACGUGGGAUAACUAACCCCAUCUCACUGGAGGCGGUUAUGCUGAAUCACCUUAUCGAGUACCAAACCUUGGCAAUGACGAACGAUAUAACAAAAGCUGUUAAGUGGCUCCAGUCGCAGAAAGUAUGCCAGAACACACCUCAAGGCACUGUUGCCUAUCCCCUGAUCGACCUUUCCCCAGACAUCCUGCGCGAUAUCUGUGCUGGCACUGCUUAUUGGCUGUGCGACCGCGGGAAGAAACUCAUCAAUUUCAACAAGGCUUCCGUCAGUUCCGCAAGCUACGGGGAGGUUUCUCUAACGCAAGGGGCGGAAGACUUUGCCGCAAAUGCGGCAUUACUGAAAGAUGCCGUGGCAACAGCAAAAUCGCACAAUGAUACACCAUGCUUGGUCGAGAAGUUGGACGGGCAGCUCUCAUCUUUGAACGAGGCGAUCAAAAGCGCCAAUAACGGCCGAUGA